AUGAUAUUUGAAAAUGUAAAGAAAAAUUUUACUGACAUUUUUCAAGGUCGUACAAUAAAGGCAGUAAUAUCAAAGAAAGACGAGAACUUGGAUAACAAUUUACAAAAUGAUACCUCCAUGGAAAGUGAAAUGAAUGAGAGUAAUAAUGGGGACCAAGUCGAUGAUGAAAUGAUGGACGAUGACGAGAUAACGAAAGGUAGAUAUUGUAGUUGCUACGUAUGGGCCUAAAGCCAAUUUUCCACUGGGCGAAUUUGUUCGCGCGAAGCGAACCGAAAACCAAAUCUUGGAAAUGUGAAAAAAUUCGCCUGGUGGAAAAUUGGCUUAACUCGACUCCUCAUUACUGCGGUUCCCGCGAGCAUGCGCAAAACUGCACGUUGGCGCAUAAACAAAUGCACCACAAGCGCGAAGCAAUACUAGUUUUGAAUACAUAACAAGGCUUAUGAUUCCGAACAAACCAACAAACUAACAAACUCACACACCGAAUAUAAAGCGAAGCCUAACUUCGUUUGGGCACUGUAAUACGUGAACUCAACUAAACCAAUACUUAUACUGCGAAGUUAAAUCAAUUCUAUAAACUGUUCUUUCUGGAGGUGCGUUAAAAGUUAUGUCCUAUUCCCCUUUCAGGUGAAGAGAACCUUGGAAUGCACUAUUUCCAAGGCGAUGUUCUGACAACAAACGAUCAAAUGGCGAAACUCAAUCACAUGUUAGAUGCAGGUUCACAAGCAGACGAUCAACUGCAUUCACGUGCUUUGGUUAAAGACGUGCGAAGAACAUGGGCGAAAGGGAUCGUACAUUACGUCAUCAGGAAGGACGUAGGUUGGUUGAGAGUAGCCUCCUCCGCAGGCAACUCUUGUGGCAUCCCAAAUGGCAAACUUUUGAAAAAUCCCCAUCAAAAAAGAGCAAUACUGUCGCGAACGGCGAAUUAAUGUUGUUUUGGCCGAGUAGUAAUAAAAUUACGGGGAUUGGGUCGGUGGAAAGGCGGAUAAAGGAGGAUCUUGGGUCCCCUUAAUUUUAUUACUACUCGGCCAAAACAACAUUAAUUCGCCGUUCGCGACAGUAUUGCUCUUUUUUGAUGGGGAUUUUUCAAAAGUUUGCCAUUUGGGAUGCCACAAGAGUUGCCUGCGGAGAAGGCUAGGUUGAGAGUAAAUAAAAUGCAAAAAUGCCGGAAAAUGGAGAGAAAAAAAUGGAAAAAAUAUUGGAUCCAUAAUAAAACAAGACUUAAAUUUUAAAUGGUUAUGUUAAUUUCGAUCAUAUUACAAUUUUCGUCAUUUCAAACAAAUCAUCAACAUAAUCGUCAUAGUCAUCAUCAACGAAUUAUCAUCAUAACCAAGAUCAUACUUAUGAUCAUCAUAAUUAUCAUAUAAUUAUCAUAAUCAUUAUCAACUAAUCAUCAUAAUAAUAAUCAUCAUAAUCAUCAUAAUCAUGAUCAUAAUUAUGAUCAUCAUAAUCAUCAUCAUAAUAUUAUGAUCAUAAUAAUCAUCAUUACCUUGUUCUGAUUAUUUUUUAAUAGGAUCGAAAUAAUUAUAACCAUGCAUUUAAAAUUUUGUUUCAGUCCAUAAAUUAGGUUUUCAAGAUGUUUUCUUUUUUCAGAUUUUGUACAAUAUUUUAUUUCCUUAUAAAUUGUCGGCCGGUUCUGGCUGGUGAGAAAGUUAGUGGCACGAUAACGGCCAUGCAGUUUCAUUCUCUCAUACGGUUUCACGGCAAUGGAAAAUCCUAGCAUUCAGUUGUACGAUUGUGAUAGAUUACAUCCAUGCAGGUUGCUGUAAGAACAUGUGGUAAUUUAUGAGAUAACUUACACCGUCACUAAACCAAUCACUACUAGCCCCAGUGCACCGAUAUUUAGGUAUCAUAAUUAUUCGUUGUCAGCAUCUUUUAUAAGCUUUAAAAUAAUAUAAUCACACACUAGAACAUUUUCGGAGAUGCAGUAAAUUCUUUAUCAAAAUUGUAACUAAAAUUAGAAAUUGAAAUUCUCAUUCUUUUUUGUUUGGAUAAUGCAACCAAAAUCACAACGUGUAUGGUUGUAAAAUCUUCAAAAAUUGAAAUGAGAAUCCGAGUAUUUGCACGUCUAAUCAUUUACAAAAUAGUUUAGUAACGUUAGUAACGGUAAUCCGAGUCUACAGUUCUUAAUGCUACAGACUUUUCUUGAACUUUAGACAAAUACCGAAAAGGCAUUGUUAAAGCCGCCAUAAAACACUGGGAAGAAAAGACAUGUUUAAAAUUCAAACAACGAGAAAAGGAGAAAGACUAUGUUCAGUUCGAGCAAGGCAAUGGGUUAGUAAUAGAAAAUUGAAUACUAUACCAAUAAAAUGUAAUACAAUCGAGAAUGAAGCAAAACGGAAUGGAAUGGGAUAGGUAGAAUAAAAUAGAAAGUAGGAAAUAGAAAAUAGGAAAUAGAGAAUAGGAAAUAGAAUAGAAAUGAAAUAAAAUAGCGAAGAGCAGAAUUGCAUACGAAUAGUACUGUAUAUAAUAGAAUCGAAAGAAUACAAGAAUAUCGAAAUAAUAUCUGCAUGCAAAAUAUAAUCUGGCGUGUUUUUUAUAUUCCUUUUUUUUUCUUCAGAUGCUCUUCAUACGUGGGACGCGUCGGAGGAAAACAAAAUCUCAUCGUGGGAAACAAACAUCACGGAUGUCGAGUUGGGAAUAUAAUUCAUGAAAUUGGUCAUGCAAUUGGAUUCUUUCAUGAACAGUCAAGGCCAGACAGGGAUCAGUUCGUCAAAAUAGUUUGGGGAAAUGUUAAAAAAGGUAAAGAAUGUAUUUAAGUUCAUUUUAGAGGAAAGGAAUACGGAUGGUUAUCCUUUAUUUUAGUUGAGAGUCGAAUACCGAAGAACGCAGCUCAAAUGUGACCGAAUCAAAGGCUUACUAUAGGGUGCCUCUGACUGCCAAUAUGCAUCCCACGUGUAAUCACGGAGCCCAGCUAAGGGGGUUAGUUUUUGGUAUAUAAAAAUCCUCGGAGCUCGAAGGAGAGAACCAACUGCAACUCCGUCAAAUCAAAGUACAGUCGCUCAUCUAUAGUAUAGUGGCAAUAUAUAGUAGUGGCAAUAUAUAGUAGUACCCCCACCCCUCCUUCGUGAAAUAUAUAGGAAUUUGAAUCGAUACUCUGUCAAGUUAACUCAAUAAUAGACCUCCUCAGGUUGGUAUGCAAAUUGCACACCCGAAUGUUUAUUUGCAUUUUUUAAGCAUGUAAAAUUUUGGGUUCAUUGAUUAUCAUUCUAAUCAGAAUACACUGUUUCCUACCCGAACAUCAUUUUAAAAACUGAAAAGAAACCAUCUCUCAAAAUGUGUAAAUAACAAUUGCAUGAAACUGGCAGUUUGCACAUUGAAGAUGUCCAUUGAAUUGGUACAACGUCACCACUGGUUCUCGGAAUGGCCAGCUUCAAAACCAUGCAGCUUGAUUCAAAUGCAUGUUGGUAAAUCAAUAUUGUUGUUUUUUUGUUUAAAUACAUGCAUGUAUAUGAUACAUUGUACAUUAGUCGCGGGGAAGACUAAAAAUUGGCACUUUUAAAAUCAAUAGAAAAUCCACAAAUUAAAGAAAAGAAUGCGAAAGAAUAAUUGUUUGCUCCUAUUUUAUUACAGAUUAUGAAGUGAACUUUAAGAAAUUUUCAACCCGUGUGAUCGACUCGAAAGAUGUCGGCUACGAUUACGGUUCUAUAAUGCAUUAUCCUCGGAAGAUCUUCGGAAAGAAAACGAGCAAGCCGACGGUUGUUCCGAAGAAAACCCCGGAUGCCGACAUAGGACAAAGGAUAGGGUUGAGUAAACUAGAUAUAUUACAAGUCGGUAAACUAUAUGGCUGUCCUGCUAAGUCUGAUAGUGACACUGACAUGAAUAAUAAUCCCGAUGAUACUGAUACUGAUACUGAUACUGAGGAGAAUGCAAUGAAUACUAUGUUAGGUAGAUAGAAUACAAUACUUCUAACUAGGAUUUUUUGUUUUUAAGAACCUUUGGGUUAACUACUAAUAUACUUACGGAAUUAAUGUAACAAGUUUUAAGACUAACAUAAGCAAAAGAACCCAAACGGGAUAAGUGUGAAUGAGACACUAAGUCCCAGGAAGGGCACUCCCCCAGAAAUAAUAACAGCUAAGCUUGUGUCCAGUAAAUUUGGCAGGGACAACCGCGAUGGACCACGUACACGGCAGAUCUACAUAAAAAAUGGCUAUUUAAAUUAUUAUACAUGCGUUUGAGUGAAUAUUUAAAGGGAGAAAGACUAGAAAACUAGGGUGGGAAAGUAAUUUUCGAAAUCGAGUUCCAUAGUUUCACUCUGCGGUUAAAGUGGGAUGCUUGAAAUUUGCUAGUUUUAAAAAAGGGAAAAGUAAAAGCUGGAUUUGGUGGGAUCACUGUGGACAAAAGACACAAAAUUGCAAACGUUCAAGUCUGUAUCUCCGAAUAGAGCCUUAAUUAAUUAAAGAAAAAUAUCAAGUCCUUCAUUUCUCUGUCGUAAUAUAACGGUAGUAAGUUAGGAGCUACCAGCCUCUGUUGAGAACAGUGCAAAGAACAAGGAACCAAGAGAGAAAGGAACCAAGGGCACAGAUUAAGUAUGAACAGAUGUGUAACUUCAGUAAAAAGGUUGUCCCACGGUCGCCAUCUUCGUAGCAAGUGUCGCUCGCGUGAUAAUUCGUCAUUUGGUAAUACGAAUGGUAGUACAAAUGUUAUGCCGCCAUCUUCCUAACAAGUGUCAUGACGUGUACAGCUUAGGGAAAUUUGAGGACACGAAGUCCUAUGAAGUUACACAUCUGGUAUAUGCUUAACCUGUGCCAAGGGUUUCUUUUAUUCAUCCCAUUAAUCCCUGUGCGUUCACUUCACUACAUAGGAAAACUACGUCUUUUGCUUUAAGAGUGAAGGUACCUUUACGGAAGCGAAAAUAUAUGGAUAUAAUGAAGCCACAUGCAAUAUAUACAAUGGCCGCUUCAGGUUUCAUUAUAUGUAGUGUUUGAAGUGUUCUCAAGACUCAUUUGGAAAACUGUGGCAAUUUUUAUAGGAAAAGACAUUUCCUUGAUAAUAAAGUUAAUUUAAACACCGUCAUUCAAGCCUGACUCACACGAGCAACUCUGUCGGCGAUUUUUCUCCUCCUGGCAAAUGUGAUCGAAUGAAUAACAUGCAAAAGACUUAGAAUUGUUUAUACUUCGACUCUAUACUUAUAUGUGCAUGUGCGAGUUCACUCAUUUGCAUCCGCCAAAAAUACAAAAUCGCCGACAAAAUUGUUAGUGUGAACAAGGCUUUAGCCGCAUUGUAAUUCUCUUUCGGAGGGUUAGGUAAAUAGGAAGAUAGAUAUAGAAGAUAGAUAGAAUUUGACAGAUAAAAAGUUGGCUGAAUUAAUUCAAUAGAACGCUCUAUCAAGUCCAAGCUACCAGAUCAGUGGUAAAGGUCCGGUUUCGUGUGAACGUAGUGUUAGCUGUAUAUAAUCUUUCGCUCUUAACCACGAAACGACUCUAUGAAUGUGAAACUUCAGACCGCAUGGAGCAACGUGGCACCCGUAUUGUGAAAUGCAGUAAUUACUACUACAUAUGCAAAUUAUACUUGAUGACAAUAAAACCACCGCAAAACAUAUCAACAACUCUCUGUAUACCCGUCAAUAUCGAUAAAGUAACAGGUGCAUUUUUCUUUAAUCCUUUUAAAUCCACAAAACAAAGUUUUGUUUUCCUAAAAACUAAACCAAAAAGCCCACAAUACGUGCUAUAGUUUGUCCGCAAACAAUUAUCACUACAUAUAACUUACAUUUUUUUAGCAUUUUUUGGUUUCCAAGUGCUCAAAAUUUUUAAUUGAAAGGUAAGCAAAUUAUGCUUGAAUUAUGAAUAAGAAAAGGUAAAGAUUGAAUUGGAUUGGUCGAAUCGACAAGACGGUCAACAUAUGUCUCAAGCGAUUAUCGACAAAGCAUCACAACAAGUUGAUGUGACACAAUAAAGCUUCGUUUCGGUAAACGUUUCAAAACAAGCUUUAGCUGGAACAAGUUGAUAGAGGAAAGAAGAAACAUUAAUAUUUGGUGGUUAUAUAAAGGCGUUAUAUAUUAAGGUCAGUGAGAGAUGAAAAGAUGUGAUAGAUCAUGUCAAUUUUACAUAAAUAUAUAAUCAUCAUAACUUUUGCAGCUGCUAAUGGGAGUAAAUGGGAAGUUCUCCUCAUAAACUCAAGAGAAUCAGACUGAAAUUUCCUUCAACCCAAUAAUGUUUAUCUUCCAUCAAAAUAUAAUGCACAUGGAAACUUUAAGGAUUAAAAUAUCCUUUAUGAAAAUAAUACCAUAAACAUGUAUUGAAUAACAACACUCAAGAACACUCAACAACAUAGGCCGCAAUUUGUUUUCACUACAUCAUAUGUUAUUUAGCGUUCCUUCAAAGUUAAACUACAUACAACUAAUACGUAUCUGGAGGAUUAACACAAUUUUUGUACAAAUAUAAUAACAAGAUGAAUGUAAAUGUACAUGUUGAAUGGCACUUUGUCACAACAUGCCCAUCAGCAAAAUCAAGCUGCAAUUUCAUUUCAACUAUACACAGCACAUUUAUAUAUUUCGUCGAAAGGGAACUUCAUACAGUAUAUUGGUAACUGCAAGGGAGAUUUAGGGAUUAAAGGAUUUGCGAAAAAAUAAUGUCAAGAAGAUGAAUUUUAAUGUAUAAAUGUAAAUGUUUUUCUCAUACAUGCCCACAAAACCAGCUGCAAUUUCCCUUAAUAUAAAUUAAGUAAAUCAUGCAAUAUUUCUUCCAAACUAUAAACUACACGCAUGCAGUAACAUGCAUGAUAGUUAAUACGUAUCUCGGAUUCUCGGGGGUUUAAGGAUUAAAAACGACAUUUGUACAAAUAACAAGAUCAUGCAAGAUGAAUAUAAAUGUAUAUCGUGGGCGUUUUUCGUCAUAUAUGACCAAAAGAAUAAGGUUGGGAUUCGCUUCCAGUUCUACUGAAUAAUGCAAUAUUUACUCGAAAGUAUAAAAUGCUCACGUACAGUUCAGCACGCAGGAUUAAAGGAUUAAGCAUUAGGCAAUAUAUAAUAAUAACGUGAGGAUGAAACUUUUGUCGUCGUUAUUGUCGCGUAGAAACAUUGGAAUUCAUUUUUAAAGUAUACAUAUAUUUUCUGUUGAUAUGCAUUCCAAAAAGGAAUGUAUAUAAAAAGAAAUCAUAUGUAAAUUUUAAAACUGAGUCCCAAUAUUAAUGUUUUCCAUGCAGGUAUACCAGUUGAUCUUAUCUUUUACUACGGUGGGGUUUGAACUUAUCAUUGUAUUUGUAUACUGUAGUUUCUUUGUUACUAACACUAUUUUCUUCAUGAAUUUGUCACCAUAGCGGCGAUUUUCACAGAGUUCGCGUUAGGCUUUUGUCAGAUGAUGUGUUUAAUUAACUUUACAUUAUAAUGUAUGCUACGCCCAGCCAAUCAGAGCGCGAUCGGUCACUAUAUCAACUAUUAAAUCAUCAUGAAAAAUUAUUUCUCUUCAUUCAACACAACAAAUAGUAGCUCAGAACAGUCAAAACGUGGGGUUUUACAAUUCGGGUCAGGUAAUAUAUUGGGGUUUUACAAUUCGGGUUUUACAAUUCGGGCUAGGUAUGUAUAUUGGCCAAACUAUUAGCUCGUGUAUGCAUGUUGUACUUCAGGUAUACUUAUAACUAUUGAUUUUACGAUCUAUACUCGUCAGUAAACUGCACCUGUAUAGUCUCUACCGGCCUACUGUGCACGGCAUCAACCGUUCGAGAUUACUCAAAACAGUACUUCAGUCUCUAAAAUACUGUCUGGCGCGCUUAUAUAAGUAACUUAUGUUUCAUUUUCCAGAUUGAAACUACAGUUGUUCAAACGUUUCACCAACUUUAAAUUCAUUCAUUUAUCAGCAUGGGUAAGUACUAACGUAUACAUUUUUCCGAUUGGAUAAUCUAGUAAGUUCUGAACCGCUCUGCCAUGCAGGGUUCCAUGCAAUAAGCACCAUAUACGCGUUACUGUUGCUUUCAGCGAGGCUGUCAGAGGAUUUUACCUGAGUGAUUAGAACUUCAAUGGUAAAAAUUUACCUGAAGUUUAAUAACUGUAACAGAGUUUUUCUAACUAAUUACUUUCUGGAUGAGAUACGAUCCAGUCCGACACCCCUUGCGGCAGAUUGCAUGCAAUUAGCCUUUCUAACGCCGCCAUUUUUGGGCGGCUUUUUAGCGGAAGUCUGUGAGAUAACUCCACACGAAUGAUGGUAAAUUUGCUUUGUAAAUGGUUAGUUUAUUUUGAAAAAUUGCUUUUCACAUUGUUUCAAUUGUCUGUAUUGGCUAACGAAAAUAAGAUGCCACCAAAAAUGGCGGAUAUUCGUCAUCGUGAGAAAGGCUAAUUAUAUUACGUAUGAAAUUGUCUCGGUUGGAUAGUGGUUCAGCGUAAAAUUUGUCCCUGUUCACUCUUAUUUCAGCUUCAAAUCAGAUCCUAUUCUUUUCCAGGUCUCACAUAUUACUAACAAAAUAUUUUCACCCCAAAUGUUUCAGCUCAAAUCAAUUUUAAACAUUUCUAUUCGCAGACGAUUUCUCAAAGAAAGCCUUACAAUGCCACAACGAAUGCCGUAAAUUACAUCAAGUACCCCCACUAACAUGGGCCGCUGACUUAGCCCGCGAAGCACAGGAAUGGGCCAAUAAGAUCGCUAGAGCCAACACCUUGCAACACGCGAGCAAAAGUGAACGAAAAAACGCUGGAGAAAAUAUUGCAAUGUUCUCAGGAAGGUAAUUGGAACAAAAUAACAAGUUAGGCUAUACAGGUGUAUGUACGAGUAAAAUCCAACCGCGAUCAUUGACUUAUGAAAAAAUAAAAAAAUCAAAUGCCCAGAAACCACAGUGCCCUACGGGCAGCCAUGCCGAACUCAGGGACGUCGCUAUAGGGGUAUGUGGGGGUGUAACACCCCCCCCCCCUCCCCCAAUAAUUCAAACGUUGGUCAAAGUUGGUCAAAAUGGAACUGAUAUUUGCCCAAAGUUGGUCAAAAUGGAACUGAUAUUUGCUUAAAAUUGAAAGUAAAACUCGGAAAAAUUUGGUAAAAGUUUGGGAUAUAAGAUGGUCGAAGUUGUUAAAAGUUAUGAAAUGGUUCGCACUUUUAACAAUUUUAAAGCUUCAGUUACGUUUGCGGUGAAAAAAUCGGAGGCAUUACUGAUAUUGGUCGAAAAUUUUUGAAUAAGCUUAUAUUAGUCCAGAAAAUUUUUUUUGACUAUAUUAGUCCGGAAAAUUUUUUUGACCUCCCCCCUGGCUGAACUUGUAGCAUGUUUAAUCUGCCACUGCAGCCUUAUAGAAACACGUGUCGGCAUCACCAUAGACACGGGGCUGAAAAUGUUGAAAUGCGGAUUUUGGCUUUCUUUGAAAACGAAAAACCUGCUUGCUUUUGAAAUAUACUAAAAUUGUCUUAUACUUUUACGGUAGUUAUAUAUGUAUAUUUUAAUAAGCGGGGGUGGACUCCAAUGUCAUUCGUACUGUAUUGUGAUUCUGCUUCCCAUUGGCAUUGCAAUAAGCAUAGUAAUUUGCUUAUUGCAAUUCGUAUCAUUACUUUUGAAAUAUUGGUAAAGUGUAACAAAUAUUUAAAACGUUACGAUUCACUUUGUUACGAGAAAAUAUCACUGUACUAUUUCGCGCUUUGAAAGAGCAUCUUUAUUUAUUACCGUAAUAGAACACUUUUGCGAGUAUCCGCAUUUCGACAUUUUUAUCUCCGUUGUUGUGGUGAUGCAAACACGCGCUUCUACGGCUAGCUAAAGUGGCGGAUUCCAGUACCUGCAGAACCACUUUGAGCAAAAUACGUGUAACACAGUGCCAAUUAACGAACCCAAUAAUAUUGGCAAAAUCUAAUUAAAACCAUCCAGGCAGCAGUAUAUUUUUUCGUUCUUUGCGAUUGAAUUAAUUGAUACUUCCUAAAACCCAGUUAUUCUAAUUAUUCUUCCAUUACUUCCGACUAUAGAUUUGAUACUGCCGCUGAACAGGCGACAGGCAUGUGGUAUAACGAAGUUGCAAAAUACAAUUUCGAAAAGCCGAGUUCUCAACCAGGCACUGGACAUUUUACUCAGGUAUGAGGUCAACAAGAUACGUCAGAUAGUCAUGUAAAUUUGAUAUUUUAACACCAGGGGCCGGUUGUUCAAAGCUGGGUUAGCUUAACCCUGGGUUAACCUAAAAUUCAAAGCAAACUUCCUGACAGCUUGUCUAUAAAUUUGGAAAUAUUUCUUCAGAGAUCUUGUCUGGAUCGAUAGGAGUUUACUUCUCUGAAGUUUUGAAAUAAACAGACGUGCAGAAAUACACAAACUAAAACAACAGGUUAAAUUUUAACCCAUGCAGGGUUAGUGCUAACCCAGCUUUGAACACCCGGCCCCUGUAAUUGGCAACAAAUUGUGAAAAUUCCGGACUAUAACAUAUUUUCCUGAAACCCACACUCUAAAAACACUGUGGUUAAAAAAAAACUAUAGAAAUAACCAUAUUUUGGUUAACUUAAUAUUCCUGGUUAAAUUUCCUGGUUGUUCUAACCUUUUCCCUGUACCAUUAGUCUGGUUAAUUUGACCUACAGUAUAUAGGAGGAUAAAUAACCAGGGGCUCUGGUUAUAUAUCCACCUAGCAUAGUCUGUUUAUUUUAACAAGGACGUCCUGGUCAAACAUAUAAAGGAUCUUUUCCACUCAGGAAAAAUAUCCGCAGAAAGAAAAUUUUACAAAUUGUGAUUGGCCGACACAAAUUUUCCGUGGGAAAAAAAUUUUGAAUUUUCAACUUUUAACAAUGAUAUUUUCGGAAAAUUUUUUUGAGUGGAAAUGGGCCUUAACCACAUUCCUUGUUACAUUAACCCGACUAUGGUAGGAAGUGAGGUAAAGUUAGCCAAAAGUUAACCCGAAUGGUUACAUUUCUAUAGUUGACCAGGAAAUUUUAACCAAAGUGUUUUUAGAGUGUAAGCUCGGAUAUCAAGUAUUUGGAACCGUUAUACUUGCUUGUAUGCAUGCAAGGAAUGGACUACAUUCCUGAGAACAAAGACGACAAGAAGUACAUCAACGUAGAUCUACGUUGAUUGCGCUCUUUGUCUGACUUGAACAGUCUUCAGUUUGGUGGACAAAGACAAUUUCCAACCUGAAAUGAUUUCACUAAAUCCUUAUGACUUGAUCUUUCAGCAAGGAAAGUGUGCUAAUAUUGUCUUAAUUGUCUGCACCGCCCAUCUCGUUUGCUUUCUCUAAACACUCAAGCUCGAUCCCUCCAACGCAACCUGAUCAUCAACGAUAGCACUUAGACGAGAAGGCGCGUUCUAAUAUUGGCCUAAGGCUAAGCCUUAUAAUAUUUUAUAUUGUGAAAAAAAAAAGUUCCAUCAUGUCGCCAUAGUUCUUCGACUUGAACUCUUGAGCUAGUUGAAUGGCUUCAGACAAAAUAACUCAAUAUUUUUACAUAAAGAACUCAACUUGCAUUGUGAUUGGUCAGUCGAAAUCCGGCUAAAUAUUUUAUAAAUCCAUCAUAAUUCGCCUACCCAAUAUUCAAAAUAUACUGUAGUUUGAGUAAAAGAAUAUUUCAUUUAAUGCAUGGAGUUCAUGGCACAGAGGCUAGUGCAUGAACGAGCCUUUCAUCUCUGUAAGGUGUGAGAGAUGCCACUAACGACGGAUCUACACUAACGACCGUCAUUUGGGAAAAACAGUCUAGAACUGUUGACAUAUCGAGCUAUCCAAUAUUAAAUAAUACGAUUAUUGAGCAUCCCUAAGUUCAUAAAUUUAAUGCAUUUAAAAAUCACAAUCGACAAAAACAAAAAGAAAGGCGACUAAAGUUUGACCUCAAGCUACUUCCAAACUAUGCAUGAGAAAGGCGGAUACAUCAAGGGAAAAAUGUAUCCAGCUUCACAGGAAGCAACUAGCUUGUUGUGACAAGUACGAACAAAUUACCAUAUACUGUAAGUGUAAAUUUGAAUUACAAAAAAAAUACGACAUUAAGUAUCAUUUUACGACCUGAAUAAAUCAAAAUAUCGCCCACGUUGUUUGUUAACUGGCUAUAGCAAACAUAUUAGAAUUGUCGUUCUCGUUGCAAGAUCUCUACAAAUUCAGUGCGAAAGGUAAAACCACAACUAUCAUUUUAGCUUAUAUAAUUGUAUACCAUACUGCUAAUGUAAUUAUAUAAUGUUGAAUGUAUAUAAUCAGAUAUUUGAUUGUUAUCUCGAAGAAUAGUAUUAUAGCUAUAUAUGAAUAUCGAUCAUCAUAUUUGUGUUGAUAUAAGUAAAAUGGAAUUAACAUUAGGGUUAAAAAUUAUUUAUAAGUUUGAAAAUGCUUAUAACAUCACAAACUGUAUAAACUAAAUGUGAUUUAACCAAAUAAUUACAUUAAUGUGUAUAUAUAGGUAUACUGUAGACAAAAUAUACCACAUGGGGUAAUUUUAGUUUCGUUACGCAUACAAAUCGACUGAAAAUAACCAAAUCUUUAUACAAUAUUUUGAGAAAUGCAUAUAACAACACAAAUGUACAACAAAUGUAAUUUUAUCCAAUGAAACAUAUAGUAAUGUGUGUGUCUACAAGCUCAGAUGCAAUUCAUGCGGGCAGCAUCAUAUAUUAAUAGAGCUCGAGGUUAUCAACCUAACACAGAUCUUUUACUUAUGCAAGCUGCAAUCCUCACAGACCCCCUCUUGUUUGAUCUAACGUUCGCCGUAUAUAUCAAGCAGAUAUUUCGUUACUAUAUCAAUAUUGCAUUUCAGCGAAAGAAGGAUGACUUCUUAGAAAUGUUUAUAUAGUUUAGAUGCAGAAAUGGGCUUGUCCGAAUGGUUUUGUCUCGUAAGAUUGUAGGCAUAUUCGGCGAAGACUAAAUGAGGAACAAUUGAAAUUUGAAAAUUAAAAAAUCGCGAAAUUAAGUAAGAAUAAGAUAUUGCUAAUUUAGAAGAAAAACACUUUUAAUGGUAUAAAUUUAAAUUCUUAAAGAGUUACACUAUACAGGGUGUAUAAAAAAAAACGCAACCUCGGAAUUUCCUAAGAAAUCACUUUGCAAUUCUUAAGCAUAAAAGAUUUUAGGCCCCUGGGAAUUGAAAUCGAAUUGCUAAUAGAUCAUAUUACUGUUGUUGUGCAUUAAAUAAAUGCAUAAAUUUUGCUUUGUGCACUCGCGUGUGCAGUAAUUUUGACUAGCUGUGCUAUUUUAAAUUCCCAGGCGCCUAAAAUCUUUUGUCUUUAAAACAAUGUCGAUUUCUUGGGAAAUUCCGAGGUUGCGGUUUUUUGAUACACCCUGUAGAUACUGUACAUUUAACAGGUCACCUAUUUUAGUGUACAUUAUGUACAUUUAUAUACAAUGUAUUUUAAACUAUUAUUAUUAUUAAUUCCUUUGUAAAAUAUUGAGUAUCGUCAGCUAUUACGUUGCAACACACAAACUAGUAUUAACUAGAGCAAGAAGUGUUAUAUUGGACGUGGAAAAAAGGAAGUUUGGAUGAACUGUUUUGCGGUUGUUUGCGUGCAACUAUAUCGACCUUGGAUGUUUAUAUUCUUCCAUAGAACGAUAAUAGAUAUAGUAUAUAUCAUCAUUCAAUAAUGUCAAUUCUAUAUAUAGCGAUGUAAUGUUCAAUUCGUUGAACUGCAUGCACCUAUAUUCUUCAAAUUUAAUGGUAUACAUGCAUAGAACAUGCAAGUAUGAACAAUCUGGUUAAAAUUGCUUGGUUAAUCUAGAACAACACAAUUUGAUUCAAGUUUGUUUUUCUGAAUCCGUUUAAAUUUCCAGGUAUAGUUAUUUAUCUUUGAAAGGAUCUUUAGAUUGCUUUAACCAGGACAUGCAUCCUGGUUGAAUUCUAACCAGACGAUGCUAGAUAAUGAUACAAACAUGCAGGUACCAGGUUAGAAUUACCAUCACACAUAGUAAAUCUGGUUAGGAGAACCUGGAGUGUUUUAGAUUGUUAUACGUUUUGAAAGGUAAAUUUAAAAAAAUAGUUGAAAAUUAUGGUUCGUUAAAACGCAAAACAACCAUAAAAUGUCCUAUGUAAUUUAAAUUAAUAAUUCAUAUGUUAAAGAAGUAGAAUUGAUAAGAAUGAUUGCUUCAUCGAGUUGUCAAGAGGCAUGAAAGGUUUCGAGAACGUGGUUUGUCAUAAUGUCAAAACAACUAGCUAAUUUUCAGACACGUGCUCAAUGUUAUAAAUAUAAGCAUAAGUCUGUAUAACUAUAUUAAAAUAACUUGCCGUUUCGCCAAGUUUAGUGUGGAAUUAAAGAUAUAAUUUUUUUGAAUACAAUAUACUUAGGUUAGCAGAGGAAAGCUAUAGCAAAAUGAGUUGGCAAAGCAAAGUAGAACAACGUCAAUACAGAGUUGUUAAAAACGGAACGAACUUUGACAAAAUAUCCAGGCAAUCUGAGGUAAGAAAACAGCUAAUAUUGCGGAUUGCUUCUCAUUUAGGAUACACUUGACAGUAUAUACAAAUAAUGAAUGUUUAUGAGUGCAAUGGUAAGAAUAUUUUCAUGAGGUGAAAGAUGGAAUGUUCCAUUCAACGAGGCGACAAAUAUUCUUACCAUUGCACGAAUAAACAUUCAUUAUUUGUUUUAUAUAAUACCAAAAUAGACUAAUAGAUUCGUAUGAGAAGCAUUCUGACGGAUGCGAUUUAUCGAAAACACAAAGAGUGCAAUGGAAUAAGACGAAUAGUCCAAUUGCACUCGCAAAGAGUGCAAUGGAACGUAUUCCAUUGCACUCUUGGGAAAUGGAAUUUUCUAUUCAAUAUCACGUGACCAUAAACAGCCAAUUAAACGAUCAGAAUUCAAUAAGGUAUUAUAUAAUACUUGUUAUACCACGUAUAUUAUUACUGUACCGCGACAGUGUUUAUCACCAUAUAUUCCACAAACAGAAGUCGUAUAUCAACAUUGGAUCAGUUGUCAUUUAAUAAUUUAAUAACAAUUAUUAUCAGUUUGACUACAUAAAGCCUCGUUUUCGUGUAUGCGACAUGAGUUAAAGGCUAACAUCUCAAUCAUGAAAACGAGGCUCAAUAGCCAAGGUUACGCAUUUUUCGGGUUCUACUGUAUCAUACACUGUAUAGGCUGCUUACUUGUUUUGAUUCCAAUUCCACUGUUCUUGUCUAUUGAUCGAUCUUCUUCAUUUGCCUGAAACGUCAAAUAAUGAGAAUCACUGGCCAAUCACAAUGCAAAGUUAGUAAAGGGUAUAUCAUUCACAUAGAUGGUUAGUGACAAAUGCUAACAAUCAAUGAUUGUUAUCAUCAAUGAUCACCAACUAUAUUAAUUAAUUCAGUAUUAAUGCAUAAUAAAAAAUCAUCAACCAUUGAUGACAAAUGCUUAAUACUGAAGAAACUCCAUCUAUUGGUGGUGUACGAUCAAUGAUUGACAACCAUGGGUGGUAAUAGCCUCCUCAUCAGGCAACUCUGUGGGCCCCCAAGAGGUGAAAUGUUGUUAAAGCGGAAUAACGCAAUAUACACUGGAAAAAAAAGUGAAAUCCAUACUACGAAAUAUGCAAUUGCACCACAAAAUCCAUAGUAUAUCCAUACUAUCCCCAUACUAAAUCCAUAGUAUAUCCAUACUAUUUCCAUACUAUAUCCAUAGUAUAUCCAUACUAUUUCCAUACUAUAUCCAUAGUAUAUCCAUACUAUUCCCAUACUAAAUCCAUAGUAUAUCCAUACUAUUUCCAUACUAUAUCCAUAGUAUAUCCAUACUAUUUCCAUACUAUAUCCAUAGUAUAUCCAUACUAUUUCCAUACUAUAUCCAUAGUAUAUCCAUACUAUUUCCAUACUAUAUCCAUAGUAUAUCCAUACUAUUUCCAUACUAUAUCCAUAGUAUAUCCAUACUAUUUCCAUACUAUAUCCAUAGUAUAUCCAUACUAUUUCCAUACUAUAUCCAUAGUAUAUCCAUACUAUUCCCAUACUAUAUCCAUAGUAUAUCCAUACUAUUCCCAUACUAUAUCCAUAGUAUAUCCAUACCAUUUCCAUACUAUAUCCACACUAUGGAAAUAUACAAUUAUUAUGGAUAACUAAAAUCCAUUCUAUUUCCAAUAAAGGUCCAUACAAUUUCCAUUCUAUGACCUUCUAUGGAUUUUCAAAAUUUUUUACAGUGAUAUUUAUCAUUUAUUAUCGUAUUUUAAUUCGCUAAGAAGUGGGUAGUAACAGGGGACAGCAAAAGGAUUUACAGUUGAUGAAAGAGAUUAUAAAAGAGGUUUUCCCAUAAAUCGUUGAGAAACAUUUCCAAAAUAUGACAAGUGAACUUUAGCAUAUCUCGAACGUGCUUGAGUGGCCUAGCUGUAAGGAAAGAUAUCUACAGCUCUACAGGUUUCUGUGCAGUCACUUACAUGAAAAGGAUUAAAAAUAUUCUAUACGUGCCGUUUCUAUCCGUUUCAGGAAGUUAGGACACUAACUUCAGUGUGUGCAUUGAAUUUAUAACUCCACAGGUUGUUUGGAAGGAUUCCAAGGAGCUUGGCAUGGCUAGGGCAAAGUCUCCGGAUGGCAAAAGCACUUAUGUAGUUGGUCGUUACCGUCCAGCAGGCAACAUGUUAGGUAACUUCGAAGGAAACGUUUUUAAGAGGUGAAUAAUUGUUUCUAAAUUUAACUAUCGGUUCCAUUGUGUGCAGGAAAUGGUAAUUAAAAGCAGUGAAGCCUCGAGCUAAAUUUGCGAAUAUUGUACGUGACUUGGGCUCCUUGUUUUUGGACUCAUAUCAACCACUCCCUAAUAAUAUUGAAAUAUAUGCAAAACAAAAAACUUUGCUAUUUUCGUCAAAUCCGUGUGCAAGUGCCCUUGUCUAUGCGUGCACGAUGUUUCCCUUUAUGAUAUUGAAUCUUUCCAAAAAUAUUAAAUGACCAUUGAAGUACUCUGCCAAACUUUCUUAAUUAAUUAAUUAACCUUCUUCGAUCUGUAAUUACUUUUGUGAAGCUCAUUAAUAAUUCGUGAAGAAAACACAAAACUGUCAAAAGAGAUCAUGAGGGUGAAGGAAUUUGUAUAUCUGAUACAAAAUCAUGCUAAUUUACAUAAACUUUAAUACUUUAUAUAUCCGAUACAACACAGCCACUCAUGUUAUAAGCAAUAUAUAUAACAUCACUACGCCAUGACCAUCACAGCAAUGUCACCUUGAUUUAGGUAAAAAGUUUUCAACAUCUUGGAAAAUUGUGCAUGAAAAUCAUAAAACCAUGCAUGCAUCUCAGUUUCGACAUACCACAAACAUCAAAUGCUAUAUUUCGACACGUUCGAUUGCCAUUGAAGGUUUUUGUACUUUUCAUUGCAAACUAGCAAGCAAUGUGAUAUCACAACGAUGGUUAUUUGCAUGUGAAACAUUGUUAAAUAUGUACAGAACGAAGCAGUGAAAAUUGACAAAAUAUCUUGCUUGAUCAUUUUAGACUUUCUUUACAAUUCAAAAUGGUCUGCAAUUUCGAUGCACAUGCACUUUAAAUAUAUCCUAUUGUUUCUAGCACAUCAAAAGAUCCACCAUCUUUCAUCAAGGCCUCUGGACAGCCUGGAGCGGAACAUGAAUCCCGUGUGGUAGAGCGUUCGUGGGGCAGUCCAGGCCAACAACAAACACGCGUGAUCGUCAAGGAAACACGUACCCACACUCCACAGGGUGUGAAGACCGUCAAAAGUACCACCACAUGGACUACUACUUCAUCGAACGGUCAAACGAAGUCCACAGAAAUCGGCGACAAAAUGGGCGUCCCUCAACUAAAAUCAUUGCAUAUAUCGGAUGAGGAAAAGCCUGUAGCAUUGGGAAAUGCUAGCCCGCAGAAUGCCACACCAUCUGGUUCCUUUCAAGAGGAUGGUCUAAAGAUGCAUAACCAAUAUCGUCGUUUACAUCAAGUAUCCGACAUGCGUUGGAGUAACGAGCUAGCGCGCGACGCACAAGCCUGGGCCGAGAAAAUUGCCCGCCAAAAUACACUACGUCACGCAACGUCUCAGGAGAGAAAAGGAAAUGGUGAAAACUUAGCUUACUUUGGCGGCAAGUAAGAUAACAAGAUUUUUACUGACAAGACAGUGAAACCUACACGCGUAAAAAUUAAGAAAAUCAACAACUUGUUGCAAGUUGAUAUCGACAGGCGUGAACAAUGUUGUGUGGCCAACUAUGAACAGUAUUGUCAACAUGUUGUUACAGCAUUGUUCAACUGGAACAACUUGGAAUAACAUGGUUGACAACUUGUUCAUAGUUGGCCGCACAACAUUGUUCACGUCUGUCGAUAUCAACUUGCACCAACCUGUGCGUUUUUAGCCGUGUAAUGUUUAGUUAAUACUCAGGCGUGUUAUGUUUUGUCAUAUCUGUUGAAAAUUUCCACAAAAAGAUACAAACACAGUUUUUAAUCCCCCCCCCCCCCCCCCCCUCCGCUUGGCUAAACUCCCUGUCAUGAUAACCUGACUAGGACCACAUUGUCAGUUUCUGGUUCAAAUAAUACAAUAAGCAAAUUCUCAUAUUGAUUAAACCAGAGAGCGGCAAAACAUAUCUGAUAUUGUAUCUGGUUGCAGCAAUUAAAUCCUCUAAACUUUCAUAAUAUGGACAAAAAUACGGAGCUAAUUUUCUCCGUUGUUCUCAUAGAUUCGGUGAUAUUGCCAAGGACGCAGUCAACAUGUGGUACAACGAAGAGAAGAAAUAUCAGUAUAAAAAUGCUAGCUUUACAAGUGGAACAGGACAUUUUACACAGGUAAAAAUACAGAAUGAACAAAUCCUUUUCCACAAUAUCAUAUACGAGUUGUAGAUUCCAUAAAAAGAUGGUAUGCAAAAACCUAGAUCUACUCACUGACUACUAAAACUGCGUUGUAACAUUUAGCUUUUAACAACUUCUUAACUUUUCUCAAUUUCCAUCCAAGAAACACAUGUUCAUAUUUCACGUGCCACGCUUUGAGGCAAUGUAGUUAUAACAAUACAUGGUUGGUGGUAAUGUAGUCUCCCUCGCAGACGUUCUUAUAGCUCUUACCCUCGCUAUAGCGAGGGUUAGAGCUAUAUAAGAACGUCUGCGAGGGAGACUAUUGGUAAUGAUGCUUGAGUUAUUCCGCGCAAUUGUACGUUUUGUGUGACACACGUUGUUUGCCAAAGACGAUCUUCCCUUUCCUAUUCUGAGACCACUCAAUAGGACGAUAUUACACUUGGCAUUGUGAACUUGAGAAGCUUCAAAUUAGAAUAUCAAAAUUUCGUUUCAGGUGGUUUGGAAAGAUUCUACAGAACUUGGCAUGGGUUGGGCCAAGUCAUCUGAUGGUCGUAGUGUAUAUAUUGUAGGCCGCUAUCGACCUGCUGGCAACAUGAUGGGCUCAUUUGAACAGAAUGUCUUCCCACCAAAGAAGUGA